AUGAAUGAAGAAUUGGAGUCAAUUGAGAAGAACAACACUUGGGAAUUGACAACACUCCCACCAGGAAAGAAACCUAUUGGUGUUAAUUGGGUUUACAAAACAAAAUACAAGUCAAAUGGUGAGAUAGAAAGACUGAAAGCAAGUUUUGAGAUGAUCAAUGAAUUCAGGGAGGAUAUGGCGACAGAGUUUGAGAUGACAGAUAUUGGUUUAAUGUCAUAUUUUCUUGGCAUAGAAGUACAACAAACUGAAAGAGGAAUUUUUAUCAAUCAGCAAAGAUAUGUAGAAGACUUUAAAGGUCUUGUUGGAUGUCUGAGAUAUUUGACUGCUACAAGACCUGACAUUAUGUAUGCAGUUUGUUUGGUUAGUAGAUUUAUGGAAGAAUCCAGACAAUCACAUUUACAAGCUGCAAAACGUGUUUUGAGAUAUGUUAUAGGAACAACUAGUAUAGGAAUUCUCUAUAAUGCUUCAGAAGAUCUAAAAUUAGUUGGUUUUACUGAUAGUGAUUGGGCUGGUGAUACAGAAGGAAGAAGAAGCACAUCAGGUUAUGGAUUUCAGUUAGGAACUGGUUUUUUCUCUUAG